AUGGACACAAGUACAUACGCAAAGCUCAGUGCGGGGAACCCGCAGAACAGACAUAACAACAUAUACAUACACACAAUACUCACAGUCAUAAAAAAACACAAUCGGCUGGUGAGCUUCAAAGAGGUCGAGGCAGAAACUGGGAUUAACAUAGAAAGAACGCCUGGCCUGCUUGAGCUGCUGAAAAAGAGCACCCGAAUAGAGUGGGAGGGAAAAAACCUUCGCUUUAUUCCACUGCACAAAAUAGAAAGCGAAGAGGAGCUCCUGGAAAUCCUCAAAAAAACAAACGCAGAGCACGGGAUUCCUGUCGAAGAGAUUCUGGACCGAAGCAACGACGUAAAGCCCUUUAUAAACGGGCUUAUAGGCAAAAACCAGGCAAUAGUUCUAAAGGACAUUGACGGGUCGAUGUCCAUAUUUUACAACCCGCUAGACGUGAAAAACGUGAGCCCCGAGAUACUGAAGCUGUACGAAGAGGUUUCAGUGCCAGACUCCCGAGAGCUUGUCAACGAGCUUCUGAACGCAGGGCUUUCCAUGAAAACCCAGGAAAAGCCCAUUAGAAAGGCCCUUCCCGCACAGAGGAAGAAGAAGUAUCUUAGAAAGAUAAAAAUAACAAACACGCACCUAAACAACACAGAGCUAGGAUUAUAG